AUGGACCCAAUAAAAGUUUUUCCAGCGGAAAUUAUAUCAGAUCUAAUCUUGCCAUAUCUAGAUCUUGCAGAGCUGUGCAUACUUCGUGGUGUUAGCCAUGCUUGGCAGGAUUUUGUUAAUGAAUACUUUGCUAUGAUUAAAAGACUAGACCUCACAGAUGUAUUAGAUCUUAUAACUGAAGUUGGAUGUCAAAGUAUAUUCAAGCAUCUAUCGAAAUUGCAAAAUGUAUGUUUGGAUAAAUGCUGGAGAAUUGCUACCAAAAACAAUUUAAAUACUUUGCUAAGCAACUGCUCAGACCUUAGGUCAUACUCCUCUAGACGAUGUAAGCAUGUGGAUGAUGAGGUACUGGAAGUUAUGGCAAGAAACUGCGGAAAAUUGGAAUCUAUCGAUAUAAGCCAUUGCUUUCAGAUAACAGACAGCGGGGUUAUUCAGCUUUUUAAAAACUGCAAUAGGAUCAGGGCUUUCUCUACUGCUGGCAAUUAUGGGUUUACAGAUGAAGCAGUGAAGUUUAUGGGAAUGCACUGCACGAACCUAGAAGAACUAGAUUGUGGUUCCUGCUUUCAAGUUACAGAUAUAGGAUUAAAAACACUUUUAGAAGGCAAAUGUAUGCAUUUGUCAUACAUAAGGAUCAAGGGUUGUUUGAAAGUAAGUGAGGACAUGACACAAAGAUUGGUGGAAAGAGAUAUUGAGGUGAAUAACUGUUUCUGAGCUGUUCUUGAAUUUCUUAGUCAAAGUUUUAUGGAGCAGCAGAUGCCAUGUACCGCUAAAAAGUAUCAACAAUUUGGUUUGAUUGUUACUUACCAAGCAACUCCAACACCAGGACAUCAAAAACAAGUAACAAUAUCAAAAUACUUAUCUAGGAAUUUACAAACUGAAAUAUUAUGUGUUGUUGUAGAAUCCACACACGAUACAACUCAAUUUUAUUUUGUGACAAAGUAGUUUGUUCCUAUUUUCAGUACAUAUGACAUUAAUUUAGUAAAACCAUGGAACUACUUUUGCUUUAAAGUGCCUAUGAAAUGAAGUUUGACAAGUUUAGAUAAAGGCACACUUUUUAUAAGCAAAAUUUGCUGAUUUCAAUGAUAUACUAUGAGGUGAUUUUUUUCUUGCGGAACCGUCUAAAAAUUUAGAUUGAAUAUCCCAUUUUCACGUUUUCGACUGUGACAAAGCGCCGUUAUCUGUGACGUCACGAAGUUUGCAAACACGGAAGCAGUUGACGUUUAAUACACGGAGGUCGUUAAUCGAACUACCGCUAAAAUAGCCGUACGGGGCAAUUUUAAGUCAGGGUACAUACCCAAUCUUUUUUAGCGCAUCAAACUGUCUAUCUUUGCAAAGUUUCAAACUGUUGCACCAAAGUACGACUGAAAUACGAUAAUACCGGCUAUUAAGAUCUUGGGCGGUGUACCCCAGUCUAAAAAUAGAACAAGGGGGAAUUUUCAGAUGAAGUCUUUAUCCUAUCAUUUUCUGCGUAUCAGGUUGCCGUCUAUUACAAUGUUUCUUGCUACUGUACCUACUUUCGGCAGAGGUAUCAAAAUAACGUCGUUAGCGGAGUCAUGCAGUAUAAUACCCUAAUCUAAAAAUAGCCCAAGGGGGCAAUUUUCUGUCGUGUUCUUUAUCCUAUCUUUUUCAGCCUAUCAAACUGUCCUAUUUUGCAAAGUUUAGUGCUCUAGUACUAAAGUACGAUUGAGAUGCAAUCAAACCGUCUUUAUAGGUCUGGAGCAAAGAAGCCCAGUCUAAAAAUAAAAAAGGGGAUAAUUUUCAGUUAUGUUCUAUAUCCUAUCUUUUGUACCGUAUCAAACUGCCCCACGUUGUAAAGUUUCGUUCUACUAUACCUACUUUCAGGAAAUUUUCAGUUGGGUUCCAUAUCCUUUCAGUUGGGUUUCAGCGUAUCAAACUACCCCUAUUUGCAAAAUUUCAUGCUGGUAUCACAAUUUGCAGAAUUGUUUGACUAACAGCCCUGACUAAGUGGUAUUAUAUGGUGUGUUCACUGUGAAGACGGAACCAACUGCAAACCUUGUGACGUCACUAAUUCUUGUCACUCGCACUCAUUGUUUUUAAAACCCCAAAAACAAACUUUCCCGUGCAAAUUUUCGAGUUAAUUUUCGUUUUGUAUUGCAACAACAUGUAGAAGUUUCCAUUUCUUACAAAAAAACUAUAUGUGAAAUUUCAUUUCAAAGGCACUUUAACUAGCAAUGUUUUGCUAAUUGACUUUGUCAUAUCUAUAUGUUCCUAAAUAUCACUUAUCUGCAGAUUGAAAAUCAGAGAAAUCUGAACAAACGUUUUCAAGAAAAAAAAUUCCAUUUUGGUUUACUCAUGCAAAUGAAUAGAUUCUGUAGGGUUAACAAAUAUUUGAAUGUAUAGUAUAGAUAAAGUAACUAUUUACACAUCAAAACUAGUACGAGGAUGUGUAGAUGUUAGAUUUAUUAAUGGCUUUUUUAAAAUGCACUGAUCAUCAUUGGUCAUCAGUUAUGAAAAAUUGUGCAUCAGAAAAAACAAUAUUUUAAGUGUUUUAAUUUGGGAUCUAAAAUUUUUAUAUGUAUGCAUAUAUCGGGUGCUACAAAGUUACUGUAUUACAUUCUGUGAAAUUUAUGCAUAUGAGUCUGUUGUGAGGGAGGCAAGUAAGCUUGUAAAACAACAGAUUGCCUACUUGCUCUGGGAGGUUUUGAAGUUUUUAAGAACAUUGUUCUAAAGGAGGCUUAACACCUCUUUAAGUAAUUUUGUACAUUCUUCAAUAACUAAUACUUUUACGUUUAUAGUUGGCCAUUUUUUAUUGUUCGA